AAUGCAUUGAUGAUAUGAAUGAAUGUCUCACUAAUAUUGCGGACUGGGCUAAUGAUAAUAAGGUUUUAAUCAAUCCAGCGAAAUCGAAUGCUAUUGUUAUUGCAAGAAAACCUGUCAAUAACAUACCUGCGUUAAAAUUGGGAAGUGACAUAAUCGAAUACUCAAGUAAAGUUAAAAGUUUGGGAGUUAUUAUCAAUCAAAAAUUAACGUGGAAUGAUCAUAUUCAUAAAAUAUGUUGCGAUGUCAAAGCGGGAAUCGGAAUGCUAAGCCAAACAAAGCAUUUCACACCUCGUGAAACAAAGCUUGGUUUGGUUAAGUCGCUCUUAAUUCCUAGGUUUGAUUACUGUAGCAAUAUCUAUUUAGGUGCAUCAAGGGCUGAUUGGAAAGAAAUUGAAUCAGCGUAUAAUUCAUGUGUCAGAUAUAUAUUUGAUAAAAAACGAUAUGAAUCUGUGUCUCGGUACAAAUCUCAUGUUGUUGGUAGUUCGAUUGAGAAUUUAUUGAAAUAUAGAGCGUGUCUUUUUAUUUAUAAUUUAUUACGCUACAAACAACCUGAAUACUUAUAUGAAAAGAUAAUCUUUACCAAAUCGUCGCGUAAUCGAGUUUUACAAACACCUUCACACCUCAGAUCACAAUUUUCAAAUUCAUUUUUUGUUCUUGGGAUUCAAAUAUGGAAUAGCAUUAAAUCGGAUAUAAGAAUGGCAAAUUCGACUUCGGUUUUCAAAACGAAAUGCUUGUCUUACUUUAACUUGCAGAGAUUACAAGAAUGAAUGCUCAACCCUCCCCUUUCCCAUCCCAAAACAUCCACUGAAUCAUUACUAGCCUAUGUUGAAUGAAUGUUAUCUAGUGCUGAGAUAUGAAGUGAUAAUAUUUUACUUCAUUGAGAUUGUAUGAUUUUUAUCAAUCAUGUCAUAGUUUUAAUUUGUCUUGUUUCAAGAAUAAAAUUUCAUAAGACAAGCUGUAAUCAUGAGAAGAUUUUCUUAGAAAAUCUUAAAAAGAGCAUGCUCUUAAAUGUUUACAAAUGAAGAAAUAAAUAAACAAACAAACAAACAACAUCUGCAGAUGAAUUUGAAUAAAUCUU